AUGGAGGAGGUGAUGGAGGAGGUGGUGGAGGAGGUGAUGGAGGAGGUGAUGGAGGAGGUGAUGGAGGAGGUGAUGGAGGAGGUGGUGGAGGAGGUGAUGGAGGAGGUGAUGGAGGAGGUGAGGGAGGAGGUGAUGGAGGAGGUGAUGGAGGAGUCGGUGAUUGAUGAAGAGGAAGAGUGUGGAGCUGAGCGUGAGCAGCUUCAGACGCCGUGCAUGAAGCUGCAAACGCCGUGUGUGAAGCUGCAAACGCCGUGUGUGAAGCUUCAGACGGCGUGUGUGAAGCUGCAAACGCCGUGUGUGAAGCUGCAAACGCCGUGUGUGAAGCUGCAAACGCCGUGUGUGAAGCUGCAAACGCCGUGUGUGAAGCUGCAGACGCCGUGUGUGAAGCUUCAGACGGCGUGUGUGAAGCUGCAGACGGCGUGCGUGAAGCUUCAGACGGCGUGCGUGAAGCUUCAGACGGCGUGUGUGAAGCUUCAGACGGCGUGCGUGAAGCUUCAGACGGCGUGCGUGAAGCUUCAGACGGCGUGCGUGAAGCUUCAGACGGCGUGCGUGAAGCUUCAGACGGCGUGCGUGAAGCUUCAGACGCCGUGCGUGAAGCUGCAAACGCCGUGUGUGAAGCUGCAAACGCCGUGUGUGAAGCUUCAGACGGCGUGCGUGAAGCUUCAGACGGCGUGCGUGAAGCUUCAGACGGCGUGCGUGAAGCUUCAGACGGCGUGCGUGAAGCUUCAGACGGCGUGCGUGAAGCUUCAGACGGCGUGUGUGAAGCUUCAGACGGCGUGCGUGAAGCUUCAGACGGCGUGCGUGAAGCUUCAGACGGCGUGCGUGAAGCUUCAGACGGCGUGCGUGAAGCUUCAGAUGGCGUGCGUGAAGCUUCAGACGGCGUGCGUGAAGCUUCAGACGGCGUGCGUGAAGCUUCAGACGGCGUGCGUGAAGCUUCAGACGGCGUGCGUGAAGCUUCAGACGGCGUGCGUGAAGCUUCAGAUGGCGUGCGUGAAGCUUCAGACGGCGUGCGUGAAGCUUCAGACGGCGUGCGUGAAGCUUCAGACGGCGUGCGUGAAGCUUCAGACGGCGUGCGUGAAGCUUCAGACGGCGUGCGUGAAGCUUCAGACGGCGUGCGUGAAGCUUCAGACGGCAUGUAAGGAAGACAUCUGUGGAGCUGGCGUCCAUAUUAACACGCUCUCCUCAGGGCCUUCCCCGCUGCACCUCCCGUCACGGCUGUACGCUGCACCUCCCGUCACGGCCGUACGCUGCACCUCCCGUCACGGCCGUACGCUGCACCUCCCGUCACGGCCGUACGCUGCACCUCCCGUCACGGCCGUACGCUGCACCUCCCGUCACGGCCGUACGCUGCACCUCCCGUCACGGCCGUACGCUGCACCUCCCGUCACGGCCGUACGUUGCACCUCCCGUCACGGCCGUACGCUGCACCUCCCGUCACGGCCGUACGCUGCACCUCCCGUCACGGCCGUACGCUGCACCUCCCGUCACGGCCGUACGCUGCACCUCCCGUCACGGCCGUACGCUGCACCUCCCGUCACGGCCGUACGCUGCACCUCCUGCCCCAGGCCACUUCAUUCAGCAGAGAAAGAAUCUGCUGUGGUCAGGUCUGCAGACGAUUAA